CAAGUGGCGAGGCAGGGAAAAGGGGCCGAGCAAAGGGAGGAAAAAAGUGGGGAGCAGGAGAAAGGGCCCGCCAGCCGGAGCGCUCACGCUGAGGGGCCGCGCAAAAGGAGGAGAAGCGUUGCUAAUUUUUUUUGUUUGUUUGCUUUGCCAUGCAUGCAUAAUGAGGACUGAUCAGAGCACGCCGCUGCUGCUGCUCGCAGGGCACUUUUGUAUUUAAAGCCUCGCGAAAGAAACCAGCCGCCCCAGAAGGAUCUGCAGAGAAAGCGGCUCGGGAGACUCGUCGGCAGCGGGAUCAGAAAGAGAAAGGGCGCUCCCUCCAGCCGCUGCCUUUUCUUACGCGGCUCGCCGGCGGGGGACGGAGGCGUGCAGCUGAGCCAGGAGUGCCGUGACCGGCAGCCGUGGCAUGUGCGGAGAUGCCGCCUGCUUAGAGCGAAGAAAGGAGGUCGGCGAGAGACGGAGCCCAGCGGCACCAUGAGCGCAGCAGGAAGCCCCUCGCCCCCCAAGCUCCACUGACCGCCUCGCGGCCUCCGCAAGCCCGAGACCAGGGGGUGGAGGUUGCUGUGCUGCAGCCAGAGAGAAAGAGAGCGAGGCGAAGGUGACGCUGUAGGGCUCUCAGGCCGAGAAGGCGCCGCGCGGAUGGAUUGAUGAGGGCGACCCUCAUGCGCGCCCUUGGCAGGACUUUGGGCAACUUUCCCACAGGCAGUCGCUGCGCCCCCCUCUCCUCCUCCGCAGCCUCCUCCUCGUUCGCUUCCCGCCCCCGAUUGUCCGGCAGCCGCUCGCGAUGGUGGGAGCCCGGCGUGGAGCAGCUGGAGGGCGGCGCCGGCGGACCAGGCUGCUCCCGCUGGCGGCUGGCUCGCCGGUGAGGCUGCUGGUGCUGGUGCUGCUCGCCGCCUGCCCGCCUCCCGGGGCGCAGGGCCGGCGCCUGAUCUGCUGGCAGGCGAUGUUGCAGUGCCAGGAGGAGCCCGAGUGCAGCUACGCGUACAGCCAGUACGCCGAGGCGUGCGCGCCGGUGUUGGCGGCCGCGGGGGACGGCUCUGCCGCCGCGCCCUCCCCCAAUCGGCGGCGAUGCCCCAGCCACUGCAUCUCGGCUCUCAUCCAGCUCAACCACACGCGGCGGGGCCCGGCUCUGGAGGACUGCGACUGCGACCGGGACGAGAACUGCCGGGCCACCAAGCGCGCCAUCGAGCCGUGCCUGCCCCGCGGUGCGGGGGGCGGCGGUGCUUCCGGCGGUGUAAUGGGCUGCACGGAGGCGCGGAGGCGCUGCGACUGGGACAGCCGGUGCAGCUCGGCGCUGAGCCGCUACAUGGCCCACUGCGGGAAGCUCUUCAACGGCAUGCGCUGCACCGAGCAGUGUCGCGCCGUCAUCGAGGACAUGAUGGCCGUGCCCAAGGCGCUGCUGCUGAAUGACUGCGUCUGCGACGGCCUCGAGCGGCCCAUCUGCGAGUCAGUCAAGGAGAACAUGGCACGGCUCUGCUUCGGCACCGACGCCGGUGGCAACGGCGCGGGCAGCAGCGGAGCCUCCGACGGCGCCCAGGAAGACUACGACGACGAGGAGUACGAGGAGGAACUCCCGUCCAGAAGCCGGGACGAGCUAGACGAAGCGGCGGCGGUCGCCGAAGCGGGCGCGGCCGGGAGAAACGGCGCCUGCUCCCUUUCCCUCCUCCUCCCCUGGACUGUCCUGGUGGCCGCCUCCAUUUUGCUGCUCUUCUCAUAGCCGCUCUUGCUGUUCUGGGCAGCCUGGGCUGCUGGCCGCACGGAAAGGAGUGCCUGGCUCCGUGGCCUUGUUUGAGGAGGACGCGAAAAGAGGCCCUCACCCAAAGCGGCCUUCGCCUGUGCUGGACUGACACGGCAUUCCCCCCCCCCCCGCCCCCCACAUCUCUUUUCCCAGGACUGAUGCUCGUUUGAAAGGAGCCUGCCUUAACUCCAGAAGGGAGCUGCGACCUCCUGAAAGCAAACCUCUGGCCACUUCAGUGGAACUCGGCCCCCUCCGUGAAUAUUCACUGGGACAUUCCGUUGUGGAGCACCUCUUGUACUUUCUGUAUAAACAUUUAUCCCUGUUAUCUGUGUAUGGGCAUUUCCCCCCUCUUUCAAAAUGAUAUAUGAAAGGGGUGGUACCAGUGUAUUGGGUUUCUUCUGUAUAAAACUAACCACUGUUCGAAAUGAAAUCCCUGGAUUGUGGAAUGUGUUCCCUGGGCACUUCAGUUCCAAACAUAUUUACUUGGGAAUGAGGCCCAUUGGUAAGUGUUUGUUUAGGAUUGCAACCUUAGGACUGUUACACACAUUUUCUGCACAUUGGAGACAACAUUCAUACUCUUGUCAUGCAUGUGCAUGCUGUGUUUGAAUGUGUGUACCUGCUGCAGCUUUGCAACAUGUACAUGCAAUGGUUGUUAUGGAGUAAAUGUUCAUGUGUCGGCUUAUAUGGGUUUUGCCUUAUGCUUGUGUACAGAAAAUGUGUGUAAAAGCAUCCCUCAGUUGCGCUAUGCAAAUUGUUGUUUUUUGGCCUUUUAGCAGUAAGGAAAUGAGUGUUAAAAAAUGGCAAAGCUGCUGUAGGUUUAUUUCUACACUGCUGAGCCAGCAUGCAAAUAGUGAAUGUGCUAAUGGCUGUUCAUGAAAGCUGUUAACAGUGAAGAUAAGAAAGAGCUGGACUUUUCUAGUGUGCCUCCAAAACCACUGCCUUACUUGUUAGAACUAGUCAGCAAAUGGAACAACUCUCCCCCCCCCCCAUGCCUAUAUUCACAACAUUCAAAAUAAUGCCAGAAAGCAAACUCAGUUUUGAUGUAUUUGGGGGGGUGGGGAGGUUUAAGUAAGUUUGCAAGUUGUAGAACAUCUUUUAACAUGUGUUAGGUAUUUCCUUCAUAGCAGACCAUUUUAUGUAGAGAAAGCAUAAAAAGCACAGAAAGUUCAUCACAUGUGAUGAUAGUACAUCUGUCAAUAUUAGGAAACCACAGGAAGUUGCAACUUCCCAGCUUGUGUAGAGAGGGUGAAGGAAAUGUGUGUACAAUUGUCCCAGGUGAUGAAGCACAUACUGUUUUCAUGCCUAUUCUGCAGGGAUGUGUUAGCGGUAAUGUCUGAAAGCAGUUCUUGCACACUCACAAUUUCGCAACAAAAGCUCACCAGCAAACAUCUCUUCUGCCUCAACCUAGAGGGGAAAUGGAAAAUGCUGAUCUGUCAGCUAUACUGAACAAUGCAACCUUUGUCUUAAAAGAGCUCUGCACUGCCAUCUUAAAUAGACACUUUUAAAAUUUGACUUGUAUGUAAAAAUAUUCUGAAAAGUUACAUUGCCUCUAAUCCUAUCAGGGGCUGACCUCUGGUAAAUCUUAUAUAAGAUGUAUUUAAAACUGGGAUUUGUUACCAGUUGCUCUAGGUUGUACAUAGAAUUUUAUAAAUUGUAUACUUUGGGAAUAAUUUAUUUUUUAAGAAGUUAAAAAUUCAACUGCACCCCAAUUGCAAUUUAAAUGCAUCUACCUUUUUUGCAAAGAUACAAAUUUCAUUUGAUAUGUGAAGCAAGCAACAGUAAUUCCCAUGGGAAAAGAUAUGUACAGUGUAUUUUAUAGAUUUGAAGUUAACUUCCUUAUUGUUUUGAGAGUUUAUGAACUUUGUAGAAUUGUAUAAAUGCCUUGCUGAACUGCCUUAAACAUUGUAUUUUUAUAGAAUGCGUGAAAAGGUUCUAUGUUUGAAUUAUCUAUUGCUCGUGUAUUUUUAUGUGUAAAUUAGUAAAGAGAUUUUUAAAGAAUGAA